UUCAACCAAGUUUUCUUUAGCUUUUUAAUAGACAUAUUUUACAGUGAGAGGAAGGAGGAGAGGUAAUUAGCUUUUCUUUUCCCCUUUUUCAAAAAGCAAACAUCUUUCUUGACACAAAUAAACCCCUCUCUUUAUCAUUCAAACCCAUUUUCAUUUUUUUUUGAUAAUCAAGUUUUUUACUUGAAUUUGACCUUGUUGAAAAUUUCAAAAAACCCUGAAAAACCCAUUUAAUUUCUUCCUACAUUCUCAUGAUCUAAUUGUGAAAAUUAGGCAUCAUGACGAGAUUGACUCGUGAAUUUGCUACAAUGCAAAAGGAAAACAUCCCAGCUGUUUCAGCUGAUGUGCAGUUUUUAUCGAGUCGAUUUCCUAAUUACAAGAUAGGUGCUGAUUAUAAGGUUUUAGAGAAUAAAGACGAGCCAAAGAUGUUGUCAAUGAAAGAGAUUGUUGCUCGCGAGACUGCAAUGUUGUUGGAACAGCAGAAACGUCUGUCAGUUCGUGAUCUUGCUCACAAAUUUGAGAAGGGACUGGCAGCUGCUGCCAAGUUAUCUGAAGAGGACAAGCUUAAGGAAGCUGCUUCUUUGGAGAAACAUGUUCUUUUAAGGAAGCUUAGAGAUGCCUUGGAAUCCCUAAGAGGUCGUGUGACUGGUAAAAACAAGGGUGAUGUAGAGGAAGCCAUUUCCAUGGUUGAGGCUUUGGCUGUUCAGUUAGCCAAAAGAGAAGGAGAAUUGCUUCAUAAAAAGGAAGAAGUUAAAAGGCUAGCUCACUUUCUUAAGCAGGCUUCUGAAGAAGCAAAAAGGCUUGUUGAGGAGGAAAGGUCUAUUGCUCGUGCUGAAAUUGAAAAUGCCAGAGCAGCUGUUCAGCGUGUUGAAGAAGCCAUUCAGGAGCAUGAGCAAAUGUCGCGCGCUUCAGGAAAACAGGAAUAUGAAGAGUUAAUGAAUGAAGUUCAAGAGGCUAGACGCAUCAAAAUGCUUCACCAGCCUAGUAAGGUAAUGGACAUGGAAUACGAACUUAGAGCUUUAAGGGCCCAACUUGUGGAGAAGUCUAAGCAUUCUAUUCAGCUUCAGAAGGAGCUUAUAAUGAAGAAAAAAAUUGAGGAGGAAAUGUCUAAACUAUAUGAAUUGGAUGGGCAAGAGCGAUUGGGUUCGUUUUUGCGGAUCCAGAAACGGUCUGAUGAGGCUGCAGAGCUCUCUGAGUGCUUGAUCCAGUGGUAUCGAAUAUCAUCCGACAGUGACAAAAAGGAGCCUAUUUCAGGGGCAAAUAAACAAGUUUACGCUCCCGAGCCAUUUGAUGUUGGACGAACCUUGCAGGCGAAAAUCACUCUAGAUGAUGGGAAAGUCUUUGUAUCCACCACCGGUCCUAUUGAUCCUGCACCAGGUUUGGGAAGCUAUGUUGAGGCUCUUGUGCGAAGACAUGAUACUGAAUUCAAUGUAGUUAUCACGCAGAUGAAUGGCGUGGAUCAACCGUCACAAUCUAUCCAUGCUCUUCAUGUUGGAAAGAUGAGGAUCAAGCUUUGUAAGGGAAAAACAAUGAUUGCCAAAGAGUACUAUUCCUCUGCCAUGCAGCUAUGUGGGGUUAGAGGUGGCGGAAACGCUGCAGCACAAGCAGUAUUCUGGCAAGUAAAGCCAGGCUUGAGCUUCAUCAUAGCAUUCGAAUCAGAAAGGGAUAGAAACGCAGCCAUUAUGCUGGCCAGGAGGUUUGCUUUCGACACUAAUAUUAUACUCGCUGGUCCUGGCGAUAGAGCACCCCAAGGGUCAUGAUAACUCAUAAAAACUUGCAUCUCCUUGACAUUUUCGCUAAGUGUAAUUAUUGAAGCUCGGUAAUGUAUUGUAUAUUAUUAAGCUUGUACUAAUACAGGGUUGUAGUAGAGGCUUCGUCUAUGUUGUGUGUGAAAUUUUUAUGUGCGCACUAGUCGCCAGUCGCCACCGUCUCCCUUCCCUAACCACAAGAGCAUCCAUUUUUUUUUGUUUGCUCUUCUUUUUUCCUGCCUUGUUUUAAGGAAAUCCAUAAGUUGUAUUAUUUUACUUGCAUGUAUUUUAUUAUUCUUGAAAAUUUUUAACCCUUAUUAAGACAGAACUGACAGUCUCUGAUUGAAUGAUGUAUUUGUGAGUGUUUGUUAAUUUGGAACAGAAGAAAUGAAAAAAAAUUAGUUGAA